AGAAUUUUAGUGUUUGUAUACUUAUACUAUGUAAACCAAGACAAUGUCUGAAAUAUUUGAAUUGAAUUUAUUAUUGAACCCAGAAUGUAGCAACAGCAGUGAUAACUCAUGGGAGUUUUCCCAAAGUGGGGGAGAGGGAAGCCUAACUGACAUCAUCAGCACAUUGCAAACUUCCACAACCCCAGAUUACACUGAUCUUGAGGAUUUUCUGGAUAUUGGAGAUCCCUCUGAUGUAGUUACGAGUAAUUCAUCAUUCGGAAGCAAUGUUGAAGUUCUGGAUUUAUACUCGGAAGCAAACGAAAUAAGUCAGCUCCAAUUUGAGAACCAGAUCCAAUUUGAGAAAGAGAAAUUGGCAAAAGAAAAUGAAGAAGGUUUGUUGGAAGCUUUACAACGCUCUAUGGAUAUGGAAUGCAACUCUGUGUCAGAAUUUGUGUCUCUCACAUCUACACUCGACCAGCCCCCAUCCUUAACUACAACCAGUGGCUUUCCUACAUCAAUUACACCCCAUUGCGUGUCAAUGUCAACAUUUGAAAAUCAAAACUUGGAGUUUUCCGUUGAAAAUGCCGAAGAUGAGUCAAUGCUAAAGCGUUUGCUAUUGAGUCCAACGUAUGAUAAUUAUCCCAAAGAAAUUGACGCAAACAACAAUACAAUGCAGCUUGAUUCUAUGGCAGUUGAAGUGCCAACUAGUCAGGAAAGGGAGGAAAAGUCAAACAGACAGAACAAACAAUAUGAAAGUGGGAGAAUCAAGAAGCAAAAACCGAUAGCUAAGAAACCAUUCACAGAACUUUUAAAACAUCUGGAGUCAUCUUCCACUGAUAAAAAUAAAGAUUUGAACAAAAAUAAAACACGAGUGUUGAACAUGACUCGUUACUUGCGGCAAUAUGGUUCCGCACCGCCGAGCAGGGUUGCCUCACCAUUUGAUGGCGCCACAGAGAAGCAAACAAAAACUGGAAGAGGGGAAACUAAAAAACGAACCAAAGGGAAGUCUAACCAGUCAAAGACAGCUGGUAAAAUAAACAGAGCAUUAGAAAAUGGGAAACCAGAAUGCUCCAACAAAGUUGUAACGGCAGCAGAUAUGGAAAGCUUGCUGGAAAUGAUUAAAAAGAAACCGAUAACAUCAACUACAGAGCAACCUCAGUGUUCAGACAUGGAUUUAAAAACUGCAAGAUCAAAUGACCGCCGUCGAGGUGCAGUCUUAAUCGACCCGCUACCGAAAAAGCGACAAAAAGUUGCUGCUGAUGCUAAAAAGGAGAAUAUAAUGGAAUCAACAACAGAAUGCACUGAAAAACCAUCUGCAGAUCACGAUUAUUGUCAAAAGAACGAGGAUUCUCAAUCCUCAGAUUCAGAUAUUCUAUCAGCUGCCCUAAAAGCUAGCGGAUUACCGAAGAAAAAGAAAAAAAGGGAAAUCUCAGACGAGGAGAAAAACAAAGAAGCAAAAGCUGCGAACAAAGUUUUGAAAUGGGAGGAAUAUUUACAGCGAGUUAGACUUGGGAUCCGGAGCGCCCCAAACAGCCCGACUUGUUCCCCGAAAAUAAAACGAGGUUCUGCACGUCCUAUUAACAACUUUAUGGUGGCGCUUGCCACGAAAAAUUCCUCCAUAAAUUUGGCGGCUUCCAAUUCACAACCAACUGUCACAAAACUUACACCUCCCAUAGUUGAAGCGCAGAUGCCGAAACGAAAACAGUCAAUCAAACUACAAGAGUUCAAAGACUAUCUCGCUAACCUGCAAGCAAAUCAGGACAGAAAGGAAUCAGACACUGACAACAACCCGCAACCAAUGUCAGUUACAGUAACUCCGAUCCAGGACCCUAAUCCUGCAUCCCAUGAAGUGAUGCAGAAACCCAAGAAACCUCCUAAAACUCCCGCAUCCAGAUCGAAGAGGACAUCAAAAUCACGAUCUCGUCCCGUCAUCAUUCCGACCCAAACUUCCCAAACUUUUCUUAAAAUCAACAGCGGUGGCACAAUACACACAGUGGCUGUCACAUCUGCACGCACAGUGCCACAAAAUAAUCCAAUGAUGAUGAUCCGUAUCCCGCAACUGCAACAGAACAAAGCUGCAAGUUCGAAUGUACUGACCCUCACCACAACCAACUCUUCCCCUCAACCUUGCGUUAUAAAACCCGCCACAACAAACCACCCUGCACAAAUAAUUCAGUGCAGACCGGCACAAAUUAUUGUCCCGCCCACAAAUACCCCAAAAUCUGUUGACCCACGAGCGAAUCUCAAAAUCCCAAAGAAACAGGUUAAUCUGAAACCUAUCCCGAGAGAAAACUGGUCGAAAGCGAGCAAAAGUAAACCUACAGUGACUAGUCCUACUACCAGUACUCCACCUACAUCCACUGCUCCAACGUUUAAACUUAUAACUGCAAACAAAGCUGGAGCUGGAGCUAAGUCUGUUAUUUUAAGUGGAGUGACUGGACAACUGAAGGAAAUAUUAACAGUGCUUUCACAGCAGCAACAACAGCAACAAAAAGAUGGGAAUUUAUCCGAUCCAUCGUCAUGUGUGAGCACACAACAGCAAAAAACUCUACAGCAACUCCUUGCUGCUAUAGCUGAGCUGAAGUCCAAGAAAUCUUCUCCUAAUACGGUGAACCCAACAACCAGUACGGUCACCACAUCUGUGACUGGCCCUACAAAUGCAGGAGCCACUGCUGUAAAAGUCUCUGCUAACCCACAAGAGCUAAAAGCAACACGCAGGCAGCACCAUGUACCAUCACCGCUGUCACUGAUCCACGAAAUUAAACAAAACCUGAACAAAAAAUCUGAAAGUUCAAAGAAAGUAUCGCAACCCAAAUACGUAUACACCGUGCCUGCGAAAAGCACUCAGCAAAUUUCUGCCCAAGAAUCAAACUGUAUUAUAACAGCUGGGGGUGCUGUUUUAAAGACCUGCAGUUCGGCUGAAAGUUUGAAGAGCUCAAAGCCGGUUUCUGUUACAAAAUCUAAUUCCCUUGAAGAUGAUCAAAUCACUGUGUUUGUGGAUGGUUCAGAUAGUGACUUUAAUCAGAAAGACUCUUCUCAAAAUGCCAAUUCAAUUGCUGAAAUUGUUAAAACAAAAGAAACCGUACCAUCACAAAAGGCAGAGCAGAAAACUGCCUCUUGCAUGCUACAGGAAGCAGUCAAAGAAAGUUCGAAAGUUGUUUUAAUGGCUGCUAAUACUGAGGAUAACAAUAACCAAGACGGCAUGAUAGCUGAACAAGAGUCUGUUAUGAGCACUCAAGCAAGAAAUCCUGACCAUACUACUUAUGUUGUCACUUCAGGCGUUACAGACUCUAUGUCAAUUAAAUGUGAUACCGUGACAAGCAUACCCGAUACUCUUGCUAAGAAAUGUGACAACCCUUGUUCUCAGAACGCAACAGAAUAUAAACAGACUGACGCAGACAAUGGUGCGACAAGUAUAUUAUGCACAAGCAACUUAGCAGUCACUGAAUUACCUCUCAAAACAACAACAAUAACCAAGCAUGUCCCUAUAUGUAGAAGCAUUGCAGCAGCUGAAAUGAUGGCUUCAGAAAUAAUGGAUGAAGGACAACAAGAGGUUGCAGUUUAUGACGAAGUAACAGACACCACUUCAUCAGUAAAUGAGAUAACACAGAACAUGUUAUGGGAUGAAUCCUUACAAGUAUCUGAUGUUGAAGAAAACAUUGAUGAAAAUGUUGAUGUCGAUUUCUACAAUAAACUACCCGCGUACCUCUAUAAUAGGAAAGUCAAUUGCACAGAGCCCGAAUCUUCAUCCAACCUCCUCAUUGAUUAUUCACUCAAUGAUUCAAAAUCUUCCUCACUCCUCGGAUUAAAGGAGUUAAGUUGCGAUCCUCUUAUCAGUACGGAGGGAAAUACUCCCGAGAUCCAUUAUAAUAAACUUCCUCAUUAUUUCAGCUCUGGCAAGCUGGCCCCCAGUGAGACCUCUAGUGACGGGAUUCGCAGUGGGAGCAGCGGACAGAAAGUCCGAGGAUUACAUUAUUCGACCAAGAUGAAAUGUACACCAGAGGGAGCUGUGCUUAACAUGGAUGACACCUACUACUCAAGAUUGCCAAAUUAUUACAACUAUGGUCGCCCCCAUGUGGUCGGCACGGUUACCGAACCUCCGGAACUUGAAGAUGAGACUGUGACAUCACAAUCACUAUUGAAAGCAGAUGUUGAAAGAAGGGAGCGUCGAGCUUACAGGAAGCGAAAAUCUGAGAUGAGCAAAAAGAAGUUUCCGACAGAUAACCGAAUGGAUGGGGAUCGGAUUCUCUACUCCAAGAUCCCACAGUAUUAUCUCUCUGGUCGUAAAUCUCUCGUUCCUCAGAGGAGAACCUCGGAGCACUCCUUCUCCAGUGCAUCCUCUGAUGAGGAGGAGGAGUUUAGGGAGGAAGAGAGGGGGAGAUCAUUUCGUAAAUCAUAUUCACGAAGCCCAUCACGAAACCGCUCAUAUUCACGGAGUUCAUCACGUUCACCAAGUCCUCGAUCAUGGCGGAAUGAGAGAAAUUGUUACGUGGAUCACGAACGUGAUUAUUCAUCAUCUGGAUCUGAAUACGAUUCUUAUUCAAGGCCUGCAAAACGACGUCGAAGGCACAGUGGGAGCGAUUCGGAAGAGUGGGGUGGGAGGAGGAGAAGAGAGGAGAAAAAGAGGAAGGAACUUCAUAACAAAGCGAUACAAGAUCGGCGUGUUAUGUACGUUGGUCGUAUUGAUCUUACAACCACCAGAAACGAUUUACGAAAAAGAUUUCAAAAGUUUGGUGAAAUUGAAGAUGUUACACUUUAUUUUCGGCAAGACAGAGACAGUUAUGGCUUCGUAACUUUCCGUUACACAUGCGACACAUUCACUGCAAUAGAACAGGGCAACAAUGGUGACGUUGAACCGAAAUAUGAUCUUUGUUUUGGUGGAAGAAGACAAUUCUGUCAGGUUGAUUAUGCAGAUCUUGAUGAAGGCAAUGAAGAUGCUGCAACAUCACAUAAUAAAGACGAAGACGAUUUUGACAGUUUACUUCGCAAAGCAAUGCGACGAUGAUAGUGUUUCUAUGUUGGUUUUGUUUUUUUUCAGCCAAACAGUUUUUUUUUCGGUUUUAUUUCAUUCUCUUGUGUUUACUUACGGCGCCGUUUUAUUUUAUUUCAAUGUUUACCCCUAACUGCCUUUUAAUGCUAGCUUUUAACCGUACACUGUACGCUAACAAGCCCGAAAAUAAUUGUAAUUAUAAGCCCAUACUCCAACAACGUAAUUCACCCAAUUUUGAAAAAACAAUCAUUAUUUAACGAUCUGUUUUAAAUUUGUGUUCAAAUUCAAAAUGAUACUAAAACCCAAUUGCACGAAAAAGUUUUUGACAAUAUCCCGCCCUUUAUUUUCACCCGAAACCACUACUUUUGUUUCGUUUCGUUCUUUUUUUAAGCGUUUAGUUUGUUACUAGUGGUGCUAAUGUACCGAGGCCGUACUUUCAUUUUAUUUCGGGCGCUUAAUUUUUGGCCUUGCACUUUAUAAACUUGUGUGUUCCAGGAUCUUGCGGUGGUUGUUUAGUAUUGUUACGACAUAAUAAAUCUUUCUUUGAGUUUUCAAA